AUGCGACCGAGUCACACUGCUCUUCCUUCCGCCCGCGCCCGCAGGUGCGUGUGCCCGGGUGGCGCCGUUGGCCCCAGCUGCAAGAUUCUCGCCCGUACCUUCAGUGGGCGCGGGUGGGCGUGGCUGCGCCCCCUCGCGCCCUGCCUCCCCGCCACGCUCUCCCUCCGCGUCCUCACUCUGCAGUCGCACGCGCUGCUGCUCUACUCCGGCCCCCUCACGCCUUCGUCCGCACACACGCCCGCGCCCAUGCUAGCCCUGCAGGUGGUGGGUGGGCGGCCGCAGUUCCUGUACGAGGGUCCGCUUGGGCGGGUCAAGGUCGAGGUGCAGUCGAGGGUGGACGACGGCGAGUGGCACGCCCUCCACCUCCGCCUCCACGCUGAGGGCGUGACGCUGAUGCUGGACUUGUGUGGGCGCGGGUGGGAGGACAGCACCGCCCAGGAUGACUCUCACUGCGCGGCGCGGGCGUCGUGGUCCGUCGAAGGACCUCUCUCUGCAUGGGCGCCCUCUGACCCCCUUCAGGUGGGUGGCAUGGCACAUGCGCCGCCUCGCCCGCACGCCCACGGCUGGAACGAAACGCCCAUCGACGAGCCUCUAAGGGGCUGUGUGUCGCACGUCGCCGCCAACGAGGAGCUGCAGGACCUGGGCGCCCCCGCCGAGAGCCGCGGCAGCGAGGGCGGCUGCCGGCCUCAGGAGCGCGCGUGCCGGGAGCAGGCGAGCGAGUGCGGCCUGCGAGGGGCGUGCACGGGCGGCCUCCGUCAGCCCGAGUGUGAGUGCCUGCCUGGGUGGGCGGGGCCGGGGUGCGCCACGCCCACUCCGCCCGUCGCUUUGGGUCCCUCGUCGUACGUCAAAGUAGCGCUCUCGUUCACGCCCUCGCCCUGGUCAGUGCGCGUGCAGCUGAGGGUGAAAACGCACGGCACCCGCGACGGCCUCCUGCUGCUCCUGGCCGCCCAUCACCGCCACGCCGCCCUCACGCUGCAGCUGCGCGCGGGCGUGGUGUGCGCGUCGGUGUCCGGCGCGGGGUGGGCGGGGGCGGCGGCGGAGGCGUGCGUGGAGGGGCGUCCCCUUGGCGACGGCGAGUGGCACACCGUCAGCGCCGAACGCCACGCCCACAACCUCCUGGUGGGCGUGGACGACGGAGAUGCCUGGAGAAGCAACGCCUCACUGCUCACCCUGGAGGAGGAGAAGGAGGGCGGGCCCGGCCGGAGGAGACCGCCCGCGCUGGACGUGGACAAGCAGGAGGGCGUGGCGGUGGGCGGUCUGCCGGUCUUCGAGGAGGCGGGGCUCGUCACCGUGCGCGCCGACCUCAGGGACGCAUGUGUGGCCGACAUCCGCGUGUGUGGCCGCCCACUGCCGGUGCCGCCCGCGUCCAAUAGCAGCACGUGGGGCCAGGUGACGAUGGCUGAGGGCGUGCACGGGGACUGCGCUGCCGUCGACGCCUGCGCCAACACCACCUGCGCUGCGCCACUCACCUGCGCGACCACCUGGGGGAAGCCGACUUGUAGCUGCGGCCCGGGACAGCACCUCUCGGAACGUACGUGCGUCGACGUGGACGAGUGUACGUGGGGUCCGUGCUUACAUGGGGGCACCUGCUACAACACACAGCCCGGCUUCACGUGCGAGUGCGCUCCUGCCUACACGGGCCAGCAUUGUCAGUGGGCUCUUGCUGACAGACCGACCGACGUUCUCGCGGCUCCUGCGGCCAUCGUGGGUCUCACGAUCUCUUGCCUCGUCCUAGUGGUGCUGUGCCUGUUGCUCUCCCUCCGCUGCCGACGCCUCCUCACGUCCAAGCUGCUGCAGAAGAGGCGGGAGGCGGCGGCGAGGGCGGCGAAGGGCGGCGGGGCGGCGUGCAAGGCCAGGGUCAUUUCCGACAUCACGGGCGAGACGCUGGCGGACGAAGGGGAGACGGCGAUGGGCGUGCUCAGCUGCAAGGAGGCGGCGGGGGAGGACGGGGUGGGCGGGGGAGGGCGGAGGGGGAGUGGGCGGAGGGGGGGCAGCGGGGGGGGGAAGGAAGAGAGUCCAGCAAGUAAGGCGUGCGAGCGGGUCAGGUUUCGACUGCCGCACGUCACGCUGGACGAGAGAGUACAAUCGACGUCCCUUACAUCCGAGGUCAAAGGUGACAGAGAGGUCAGCACGACCCCCGCGACGACCUCCUCGCCUCGCCUGGUGCGGACGGGGCCCAGGCACGACCACCUGAUGCCUAACGACGACCUCCGCGCCUACGCUUACGAGGGCGAUGGGUCGUCCUCCGGCUCCCUCACCUCCACCAUCUCCCGCCUGCGCUUGGAAGACUCCGACGAGGGCGACAUCAGGCCCCUAGUCCCCGAGUUCUUCGAAGUGAUGGACCUCCUAAGGAACCUCCCAGAGGCCACCAGCACCUUAAAACAGCGACGGAAGCCUUCCUCCCCCGUGGGCGAGACUCAACCCACAGAGACCACGAUAACAACAACAACAACAACAGCAACGACGGCGACAAUAACAACGGGAAAGAGAAGCUUGUCUCCCCCCCCCGGCCUUCCCCUGGGCGAGACGACGAGAGGGUCCUCCGGUUCUUGUAGUCCGGGGUCUCCUGCCAGCACUGUGGUGGAGAACGAGCUCAGCACCCUCUGCUGAGGCUCGCACGUCGGGAAGGCGGGAGAUCCGAGGAACAAGGGAUAAGGAAGAACGUCGUUAUUUUAAAAGAACAUUCAUAUGAAAUAUUUAAAAAAAUAAAA